AUGUCGCAAAGGGGACCUGGCCAUCGCUCGCCCUCUCGUCUCUCUUCCAAGUCCCCUGUCGGUAAUGAACAAGUUUCUUUCUCUCAAUUCAAGUCGCAACGAUAUGAAUCGAUUGGAAUCUCACCUGAGGUCGGCCGUGCUGCUCAGCAUUCAGCCAAGGCCUUUGGAGUCCAUAACAUCUUGAACCCUUCUGAGGCACAUUCCAUGGGCUCUGAUUCCAGAGGAAGACCACCCUCGCGAGCAAAGGAAACAGAGCCUGUCUACCCAGCAUCUUCUUCGACUCCUUAUGGUGUUCCGCGUCCUUAUUUCCCUGGCCAUGCCGAUACCGGCUCCGUACCGACGACUCCAGUUACCGCAGGUGUGGUGCCUGCAGGCAGAUAUCCGAUAUCCGAGCGAAAUUCUCCAUCAACAGCGUACCCUUUCCCUAUAAUGGAUAACCCGAGAAAGAUACUCAGCCCCAGGGCUCCCCGAAUCUCGAACCUGGGUCAGACUCACUCUCCAAGAGAUCAAGAUUUGCGACAACCCUUAGCUCCCAGCAUGCUCCCCGCAAAACGACCCUAUGAACAAGACACUCCCGAUGAAGUCAGACAUGCUCCUGGACUUCAACAGCCGUCAGGAAUUGCUUCCGGUCCGCAUACCCCGAUGGUAACUCCACCAAGAUCUCUUUCUCAGCCUGUGGCCCGCCCUUUGGAUGCCCCCUAUGGACAGCCGUCGACAAUCCCACCGCCAGGAGAUCUCCAGAGCCGAUCGCAUGGAAUGCAUACAUCUUCGCAAUUGCAGCAUGGAAUCACUGGGAUGCCCGCUAAUCGACCGCUUUCGGUAACAGAAGGAGCCCUGACUGAGGGAACAUCGACAUGGCCAGAUAUAUUGCGCCGGCAAGCAGGUUCGUUUGUUGGGAUAGACUCUCAACAGGCUUAUAUGACUUUGCCAGGCAGUGAUACACCGAUCCCAGUUCAAGUAGACUACUCCCAAGCAUCAAAGAAAGCGGACGAAAAGAGACAGCGAAAUGCAAAAGCCUCGACGCGCCAUCGCAGAAAGAAGAAGACCCUUCAAGAGGAGAACAUGAAACAUCUGCAGGAACUGAAGGAAGAGCGACAGCAGAUGCUGCAGCAAAUAGAGGAACUCGAAAAUCAGCGGGACUUUUACAGGAGCGAUCGCAACCGGCUCAGAGACGUUGUGGCCCGGACGCCGGCUGUAAGCAACCAUGCAGCCGGGCCACCUAGUCCGGUGCUAUCGAAGACUAUCAGCUUUGUGGAUAGAAGCCCCCUAAUGCAGUCUCAUCACAUUCCCACCCCUACUCAAGGUUAUCUCAGUGAGGUGUCAUCGGCAGAACGGCCCGUACCGGUUCGGCGCACAGACGAUCGUCCAGAUUUCUCGCCUCCGAUGUAUGGUGCUCUACCUGGUGGUCCACCGCACAGCCUCCCGUCGAUGCACAACCAAGCCUAUGGCGCACCUCCGCCGAGGCCCCCAUCUGCAGCUUCUUCAACGAGCGGAGAGAGACUGCCGCCGUUACGAGUGAUGGAGGGACCACCUCUCCCCAUGUCAGGACUGGUCCACGGACAACCUCAAGAACAAGAUAUGAGAACUGGGCAGUGGAGGGCAGCUCAGCCGUCCCAUCUGGAAACCGGUUGGGCAACUGCGCCAAGAAAACACCAAGACAGCCCCCGCUGGUAA